UGCAGCAGGCUCGGAAAAUGGGGCUGUCUUUCGGGAAGUUGUUCAGCAGUUGGAGAGAUUGUUACCACUAUUCCCACCAUUGGGUUCAAUGUGGAGACAGUGGAAUACAAGAACAUCAGCUUUACAGUCUGGGAUGUUGGGGGUCAGGACAAGAUCCGUCCAUUGUGGAGACAUUACUUUCAAAACACCCAGGGGCUUAUCUUUGUUGUUGACAGCAACGACAGAGACCGUGUUGUUGAAGCCAGAGACGAGCUUCACAGAAUGCUGAAUGAGGAUGAGUUGAGGGAUGCUGUUCUGCUUGUCUUUGCUAACAAGCAAGACCUGCCCAAUGCGAUGAACGCUGCCGAGAUCACUGACAAGCUCGGACUUCACUCUCUCCGUCAACGGCACUGGUACAUCCAGAGCACAUGUGCCACAUCCGGUGAAGGGCUCUACGAGGGUCUGGACUGGCUCUCAAACAACAUCGCAAACAAGGCAUAGAUGGCAUGUGUCUGAGAUACGGGCCUCAACAAGAAAGUAGUCAAUUCCUCGGGUUCCUUGUUAUGGGGAGCCUUAUAUUGCAAGUUAAAAACAACGCUUUACUGUCACAUUCCUCAAUUCCAAACUCUUAUAGUCUCUCUCUUUGAACUUCUUCCAAUAAUCGAUGUAUCAUCCUUAGAGUUAUCUGGUCAAUGUUUGUUCUUUCGCGUUCUCUCUCGUUUUGCACGGACAAGACCUCUCUUGUUUCAUUGUUCAUAAGUUAACUGAUCGUCCUUCUUACUA